AUGACUUGGUCUCUUUUUCUAACUCUUUUCCUUUUCUCUUAUUCUCUCUCUCUUCUUUCUCUCUCUUUUUUUUUUUUUUUUUUUUUCAGGGUAGUAAGUGGAAGAAAUAAGGGUGAAAAUACAAUACAAUGA